GAUGCCAUUACGUCUCUCUGUAGUCAACACAAUAACUUCUUUUAAAAAAAUUGGAAUACCAAUGUGUAGAGGUAUAUAUCGUGGAAGAGAGAGAGAGAGAACAUUAGAAAGAGGAGGAAGUAAAAGAGCAUUGAAAUGCAGCGGCGGAGAGAGGCGGAGAUGUCAUCGGAGAUAAGGUCUGCUAUUCAAGAACUAUCCGCUGCGAAGGAGAGGAGCGGCUUUAAACCUUCGAAGGAGAGAUGCGCAGAUGAUCUUCGCACAACACUCCAAAUUCCCAUUAAACCUUUUCUCUCUAUAUGCAAACUUCUGAUUCAAGUUCUUGGUUCACCUCUCUCUCGCUCUCUCUCUCUCAUUGCCGGCAGCUUUGUAGCUGCCGGCAGCUUUAUAGCUGCGGCAGCAGAUUUGCUGCCAAGAUUGGAGAAGGUCUAUGAUUCUGAUCCACUGACAUAUUGGGAUGUGGUAGAAAUAUUGAAGAAAGAGGGCAGUGAAGGAAAGGCUAAAAAAGGUCCUACUUGCAGUAAAGCCUUUGUUUGGCUUACCAGGCCGGCCCCUCACAUGAGGGGGUUGUCAUGCAUGCUGUACUCAAGAGUGUAUAGCAAGCAUGUUCCUAAUAGUAUUGUAUCUUUUGAUUUUUCAGUAGCUUUAUUAAAAUUACUUGUCAAGAAUAUUAAGAUGAGUAUCGAACAAGCCAUCGAAGUGUCAUAUAAUAUCACUCUUAAGCCAUGGCAUGGAUGGAUAUCUUCUGCAGCAUACAAAGUAUCACUCAAACUAGUGCCCGAUACCAAAAGUUUGAUAGAUAUUCUCAAGGCCAAAGAUGCAAAUGAUGAUAUGCUUAAAAAAGAAGUGCAAACCCUAAUUUCAUUACUUGUACCUGAGUUAGAACGAAGCUAUGGUAUCAUGAGAAUGUAUGGGCUGGAUAAGUUGAAAUCUAUCUGAAUGGUAUGUUUCAUUGAACGUUCUAUAUGAGAACGUUCUAUAUGAUUAAAUAGUACAUUUAACAAAAUAUAAGUUUUUUUGGCCAUGCUAUAUGUACCAAUUUUUUUUAUCAAAUCCCUCACAAUAGGGGGUGGGAAUCACAUUUUGAGAUUUUUUUAUUCACGUAAGUCUCGCGUGCAUGUUAGAGGGUGUAAACA